CAGGGCGCGACCAUGGCGGACGCGGCCGCCGGCAAGGACCGCUGCGGGGACCAGCGGCUCGUGGCGCUGCCCCUGUCGCGCAUCCGCGUCAUCAUGAAGAGCUCCCCCGAGGUGUCGAGCAUCAACCAGGAGGCGCUGGUGCUGACGGCCAAGGCCACGGAGCUCUUCGUGCAGUUCCUGGCCUCCUACUCGUAUGGCCACGGCCGCGGGCAGGACCGGCGGGCGCUCACCUACAGCGACCUGGCCAGCGCCGCCGAGGACUCGGACACCUUGCAGUUCCUGGCAGAUAUUCUACCGAAGAAGAUUUUGGCCAGUAAGUACCUGAAGAUGCUCAAAGAGAAGCAGGGAGAUGAGGACAAUGCUCAGGAUGGAAGCGACAACGAGGCAGAGCCCUAAGCCCGGAAGCACAGCUCUAGCAGUCAGCCCAUGCAGGACCCCCAGCGCCCGGGCACCCCGCCUUCUGUCCCGUUGAGUGUGUGGGAGGCACCACGCUACACAUGGUCCACAGAUCCAGGAAAGCUCCCCCGGGACCUGGCCCCCCUCCAACUGCCACAGCUCACACCCAGGGGGCAGGUGGUUUGGGGUAAUGUUCUCAGUUACAGCCAGAAGAGCUAAGUGCCGGGUGUAUAUAUUCAUAAAUGAAAUGAGUACUUGCAAAAUUUAGACUGAACCCCUAGUCAACAGUUUUUGGAAACAACUAGUAAAGAAAUGACAAAGUUUUGGAGGGUUAGGGAUAGUAUAUUACAUCUGAAUUUUUAUAUUUAUAAAGAUUUGUACUUCAAUAAGUUACCCUCUUUUAUUAAAGAA